GGAUUUCCGAGAAACGCGAAAGCACCACGAGGACGCACUCGCCAUCAAGAUUUCGCCGGUCAACACUUAAAAAAAAAAAAAAACUUCAUUUCACAUCUGCGGACUUCCUGGACGUUUUACGCCGAUAUGGACGCCUUGAAGUCGGCCGGCAGAGCCAUGAUCCGAAAACCAAGUGCGGCUAAACAGUCCUGGACUGCGGGAAGACACCGAAAGCUCCCAGAGAACUGGACCGACACGAGGGAGACCAUCUUGGCGGGGAUGACCUUUCACGUCCGUCACCUCGGCACGACCUUAGUGGACCGGCCCAAAGGCGAGGACCUGGCGGCGGCGGCGGUAAAGAGGAUUGUUGCCACGGCUAAAGCCAGUGGGAAGAAAGCGCAGAAAGUCGGGCUUAAAGUGUCCACUCAAGGGAUCGCCGUCUUGGACCGCUCCACCGACAGCUUCAUGGAAAACAUCUCCAUAUACCGAAUAUCCUACUGCACGGUGGACAAAGUCCACGACAGACUGUUUGCGUUCAUCGCUCAGAACACCGUCAACGGGACGCUGGAGUGCCACGCCUACCUGUGCUCCACCAAGAAAGUGGCUCGUGCGGUAGCUUUGACCGUAGCUCAGGCUUUCCGAGUGGCGUUUGAACUUUGGCAAGUGACACUAGAAGAAAAAGGAAGGCGAGGCCAGUCCGGUUCAGGCGAGGGGGUCGGCGGUAGUUCCGGAAGCGAGAGAUCCUCCAGCCCCAAAGACGUGGCCAGCGUCGACCUGUUGGACUUUGAGGACAAUUUUGGAGCAGAAACCAAUGACAAUGUUGACCAGCUGGACAACCACAGGACACGUGAGAGUCAUAAUAAUCCAUCUUGGAAACUACACAACGAUUUGGACGAGGCCUUCUCCAGACUGGCCUUGUCGCGUACCAACUCCCAGAUCCUGGACCCUGGGCUGAUGCCCCAAGACUGGCUGAGUGAACCCGAUUGGAACGGCACCAACGGAAACGCCCCCGGUCUUAUUUUCUAAUUCGCUUUAAAACAAGACGCUCCAAGUGUAUGUACAGCAAUAAUAACUUUGUUUCAAAUAUCCAUAUGUAUUCAUUCCCAAAAUAAGCAAGAGUAAUAUUACAGCGCUCCCCAUGAAUUGGGGAAAAAAACUGCAAGCCAAAAAUGAUUGUAAUUGCGCAUUUGUGCCACAAGACGGCAGCAAAGCACUUACUAUUAGGCAAGGCUACAAGCUGAAAAUAAAUGAACAUCCUCCCUUUACUUCAAUACAGUUCCUUGGCCUCAAAAUUAUUGCAAAAAGCAUUUUUAAUACUAAGUGUGCAUUUGGCUUGAGCAGAAGAACAGCGAGUAGGUGACUUUUUCAGUAAAUAACAGGUUAGCUUCUGCAUAAAUAUCUAUCAAAUUCAUGAAUGACAAACUGACACUCAGCGGACUUCCCUGUAUAUUUUUUAAACUUUUGUUUGUAUGAUUCACAUGACUAAUACGAUCUUUGAUAAUAAUAAAAGCUGAACAAAUCAAAAGAACUGUAA